AGGACGAAGAAGAUCGCUGAUUAAAGCAGUGGGCAGCUUUGUUUAUUGUUGCAGAUGGAUGAAGAUAUUAUCGGGACCUCAAAUUCGACUAUUGUUAACAGCUUCCAUGACUACAAGGUAACCCAAGCCACAGUUUUUAAUUUGAACAAGAAAAGGAAGUUGGAAAAUGAUCAGUUAUGCGUUCCCCAAUCAAAGUAUAAGUUUGGGUGCAAAAGGUCUGGUUGUGAAAAUGAACAACCAAUAGAAGAAGAAUCAGAUGGAAACGAGAUGAGGAAGGGAAAAAGAGUAGCAGAGCUUGAUGAGAAUGAGAACACGCUUGAACCCGAAUAUCCCUCACCGACGUUCACCUAUAUGCAAUCCUGCACAUCGUCAGGUAGCUGUAGCAGCAACAGUAUGAAGGAAACACUCCAUUACAGCAGAAUCAUUAAUAAGGAACCUAAUAAUGUCUAUAGAGAGGACCAAGAGAUUGUCACUGGAGUUGCAGAAUUCAAUCGUUCUAACGUUAUGGGUCGAUUGCAGUUCGGCAAAAAAGCUCAACUCUUAGAAGACCAGCUCGAACAAUUUGAAGAAUAUGCCAAGGAACUUGAUGACAUGAUAAUCUGCUCCAAAGGACCAUCGGAAACAGAUCAUUUCAUGCUAUCUUCUGGAAAAUGGUGCAUCAACCAAGAGGAACAAGAAGAGCCUAGGGGACCAACCAUUGAUCAAGAAUUUGAGCAGUAUUUUUCAACAUUACUGCUUUAAAAGGAAUAAAAUGUGUUCGAACCAUUUGUGUAAGAUGUACAUAUUGCUAAACAACAACUAUUUUGAUCAUGUAUUUUCAAUUUAAACCAGGUAAACGACAUGAUUCAAUAUAAAAAUUUGGUGUCAAUAGCC